AGCUGAGGAGACGAGUGGAGCGGAUGACGUAAUUAGCAGGCAACCAGAAUGUCUCUGGAUUUCAACCGCGUUGGCUAAAAUCAAAUCAGGUCUAAACAACCACAGACUUCUCAAACUGUGUCAAAGGUCACUGACGUCACAGAAGAGGAGUCGCCCUUUAAUCAGCAAUUAAUUAGUGGAGCAGAAUUAUGAAUGGGCGAGGGGCGGGUCCAAGUCAAUCUGAUGCAGGCAGCUCCUCCUCCUCCUCCUCCUACUCCUCCUCCUGCUGCUGCUGUUGCUGCUGCUGGAGGAGCGCACUGAGAAAAGAACAGUGUGAUGUGGAGCAACAGCAGAGCUAAACCUCACACGCACACACACCAGUCCUCAGGUACAGUCUGACACACACUCACACACACACACUCGUGAGCAGAUCUGUGGGGUGAGCGGCGCAGCAACACCGAGGAGUCUGUGAAAACUAAAGUCAAAUCAGGAUGGAUGCUCCACAGUUGUUGUUCCUGCUGCUCCUCUAUGGAUAUCUGCCAAAAGUGCGAUCCGUGCAGAUGUGUGACGUGGUGAACGAAAUCGAGUUGGAGAGGGAGCGCUGUGAGAAUAGCACCGGUGGGAACGUCACUUCAGGUUGCCAGGGCACAUGGGACAUCAUCGCCUGUUGGCCUUCAGCCAGAGUGGGAGAGGUGGUGACAAUAACCUGCCCCACUUACUUCAGCUACUUCAGUGACCAACACAAAGGUAACCUCUCCAAAACAUGCACAGCAAACGGCUGGACGGAGAUGAUGCCUAUCGACAUUGCCGUCAACUGUGGCUACAAUCUCAACAGCACCAGUGACGACCAGGGCAAGUUCUUUUGGCAGGUGAAGAUCGGCUACACCAUCGGCCACAGCGUUUCCCUCGUUUCUCUCACCACGGCUAUCGUGAUCCUCUGCAUCUUCAGGAAGCUCCACUGCACGAGGAACUACAUCCACAUGCACCUGUUUGUGUCGUUUAUCCUGAAGGCCAUCGCUGUGUUCAUCAAGGACGUGGUGCUCUACGAGGUUGGGGAGGUGGACAACUGCUCCUCCGGCUCUGUCGGUUGCAAAGCAGUGAUUGUAUUCUUCCAGUACUGUAUAAUGGCCAGCUUCUUCUGGCUGCUGGUGGAGGGUCUCUAUCUUCACGCAUUGUUGGCCGUCUCUUUCUUCUCCGAGAAGAAAUACUUCUGGGCUUACAUUCUGAUCGGCUGGGGAGGUCCGACAAUUUUCAUCACAGCUUGGAGCUUUGCGAAAGCCUACUUCCAUGAUGUGGGAUGCUGGGAUAUAAUUGAGAACACGGAUGUUUUCUGGUGGAUCAUUAAAACCCCGAUCUUGGCAUCAAUCCUGAUGAACUUUUUUCUUUUCAUCUGCAUCAUUCGAAUACUUCGCCAGAAGAUAAACUGCCCAGAUAUUGGAAGGAACGAGUCCAACCAGUACCUGAGACUGGCGAAAUCGACGCUGCUUUUGAUUCCACUCUUUGGGAUCAACUUUAUCGUGUUUGCGUUCAUCCCCGAGCAAGUGAAGACUGAGCUGCGGCUCAUUUUUGACUUGAUUCUCGGGUCGUUUCAGGGCUUUGUGGUCGCGGUCCUUUACUGCUUCCUCAACGGAGAGGUUCAAGCAGAGAUCAAGAGGAAAUGGCGGCGGUGGCACCUGCAGAGAUACAUGGGCUCCGACACCAAAUACCAACACCCGUCUAUCGGCAGCAGCAACAACUUCAGCACCCAGAUCACCAUGCUGACGCGAUGCAGCCCCAAAACGCGCCGCGGCUCGUCGUCCUGUCACGACGACCUGUCGAGCAUGUGAUUCCCACAGACUAUGAAACGGUGUGAAGCGUAGGUAAAUUCCCGGCGUAUGAGGAAAAGACACACGUUCUCACUGACACAUGCACUGAAUGGGGGAUGAGUUUAACAAGGACACACGACAGGGACGAGAGGACACAUGCAUCCAAGUAAUUACCCUCAGAGCACUUUUUCCAUCUCCACGCUUCUUUUAAAAAGAAAAGCACCACGAGCACAGCUUUCACACAUUUGCAUGUUUCUCUCGUCGGUGUCGUAUCAUUACGGAUCACUCGCUCGAUAGUUACCGAGUUCUCCGUGUGCUCGCGUGAAACGUUACAUAUUUAUGGCGUUAGUUUUGAUUUCAUAAUGUGAAUUUCACCUGCAAACACGCAGUCUGAUGUCGUUAUGUGCUUAUUAGAAAUCACUAAGUGGAUCUCUACAGCGGCCAAAUGAGCAGAGCUGAUGGAAAGACACAACUACAGUAUAAGGGAGGGGGAAAAAAGUGAGCUGGGAUUAUUUUGUUAUAUAGUUUCUGCCGUGACAGCACAGGCAAAGAAAAAUACCAGAUUAUGGAGCUGUGUUUGAGGCCUGAAUGUGAGUGGCAGAUAAUGUAUUAAAGCAUUUUUUUUUAGACUACAAAGAAGAACAAAACAUCACUCAACAGAUGCCUGGAUGAAAACCAGCAUGAAACAUUAUUUCCAUACGUGCCAAAUGGAUGAGGCUCCAUAUGACGCUGAUUCACAAUGAUGGUUUGGGAGUAGAAUGCUCUUCUCUGCACUAUCACUGUCAUAAGAGACUAUUUGCCCUUUGCUCCUCUUCUUUUAUCAGCUCUUAUUUUGUGUGAUCCUCCGUCUGUGAUGGGAUUUGUAUGUGUUUUUGAUUAUUUGAGGCACUCUUGAGGCAGUUUUGCGCUCCAGUGUUUGUUUUUCGAAGAGACACAAUCUUCACUGGCUGCUCGGGCUGCACAGCAUCUCCGGAGAGGAAAUGCCUUUGAGCAGUGUGGCCCUCGAAUGUUUACAUUUUACUUGGGAGGAGUCGUUUUAACGCUGUACAGCCAGUAUACAGUGGUAUAAGUGUAAUGAAUUACUGUGGAUUGUUGUGCCAUACUGAUUGUAUUGUGGCUACAAUAUCAGUAGUAUAUCACUGCAAUCGUUUGUUCAUGUUACGGCAACAUGUGAGAUUUAAUGCCUCGCCGGGGACAUGAAUUUCUUUUGUUUAUGUGCCAGUCUUGUGAUGUAUCGUCAAACAUAAAAGCUGAACACAAAGUAAUAGAUCCUUAUUACAGCAGCGCAAUACGUGCCGUUUCGUAAGAGUUUAUCUUGUUGAUACUUUCGUAGACGACGGCUUCAAAGCCUCUCGUGGUAAACAUUGUUAAAAGAUAUUUCCCGACUUGUGCACUGACGUGUCGCGUUCGCACUUCUCAGUUGGAGGAAGUUGAACCCGACAGGUCAGUGGACACUGGAGCGUGAUAAGUAAAGCAAAGCAAUAUGACGAGGAUGACCAGCCGUGUCACCGUGUUCUUUUCUUAGCUUACAAGGUUAGGCUUAAUUGUCACUUGUACGUUCAAGUGAGAAGGAGCGAUGAAAAGGUCCGGGUUUGCUGAUUUAAAUGGUCACGCUUCUGUGUUCGGACAGAAACUUUCUCAAUAUGUUUUCUCUUAUCACCAAAUUAUCUUCAAACUGACUUUCUGUUCACUGUACAUUACUAAAGCCUGUGCACAUCAACACCAAUGUGAAUAAACACCAAAUUGUAAAUAAUCUGGAAGUGAAUUUUGAAGCACCCUGAUUCUUCACAUCCAGUUUAAUUCAAACUAAGAGGCUUUAUUAUAUAUAUAGAAGUGAGAUUAUAAAUCAGCGGUCAUUUUUACUGAAUGAAAAGCAAACCUUUCUUUUUUUCCUUCCAUCCCAGCUGAGUGCUUUUGAAUCGUUGGUUGUUGAUUAUAAUGUUUACUUGUCAGCACUGACCUUUUUAAACCAUGACCUGAAAAGUUUCAUUGCUAGUUUGAAAGCGUUGCUGCGUUGACUUGACACAGGUAUAAAAAGAUAUUAAGAUGCAAAUGAAUUUAAAACUCAAAUACCUUUUUUAUGUUUUGUCUGAAUACACAUUGAGUAUGAGGUUGAAAUUAAAGCAGUUAUUGAAAAAGGAUUUUUAUUUUAUUUAAAAAAAAAAAAAGCUGAAUUAUCCAGUCUUUUGCUGUCUUGACAAGGGUUCGGUGAAAAGACUGACAUCUUUUAUGUCUGAAGGGUAAGUACUUAGCUGAAGCCAGCAGCCACUUACCUUAGCACAAAGUGUGAAAGCAGAGCCUUUCUAAAAGUAAUUUAAAGUGGAACUUUGUCUGGUCGUUUUUUUCUACGGAGCCAUGUCCACGCCGAUGGAAGAACAACCAACCACCCACCAAAAACAAACCAGCAACAGACGUCGCUCAUUAAGAACACCUGUACAACAAUAGCAAACAUUGUUUAUCCCAAAGAUGGUGCAACAGCAAAAACACGAGGUUGGCAACCGUUUUGCAUGCUUCUGUGUUUGUAAGUCGCCAUUUGGAAAAAGCCAGUUUUCCGUUUACUCAUUUGUGGCCCCUCCUCUUCCUCAUUCACCACAAGAACGGAGUCGUGUGUUCUUUUUCUCGAGGUGAACAAAGUUAGUUCUGGCCAGGACAUUUCAUAAAUCACGAGAAACUCAAGUGCAGAACUGUGAAGUGCUCCUCACAACCUUUCCGCAUUUAUCACAUCCAUGAAAAACUUCUUCGAAAUUUCCCGAAGAAAAGAAAAACAUUCUGCCCAGACAAUGUUUUCAAGAACAAGCUGCAAGAGCUCCCAAUGCGGGCUGCAAGAAAAUAAUGACGUCUUUCUUUUCUCGCAGCCCUGGGAGACAAAACCUUACUCCUUACUCCUUUUUCUGCUUCUAGACCAGGAAGUCCGACUGAUUUUGUACGGCCUACAGCUCUGGUUUUAUUAUGUAUUAUUUAUGGCCCAGGAGGGACUUAGACAGACAAUCGGCCCUAGUUACGUGUUGCUCAUUAGUUCAGCUGGUAAGGAGUUGUUCUUUAAAACCCACCUGUGAUAGACAGACAGAUUCUGUCUAUUAUGCUAUUAUCUUAUUUGACAUUUGAUGUGAAAGAAAUGCAGAUUGUUUUAUUUUUUUCACUCCAGCAUGGCUUAGAUUUGCCAUUUAAAAAAGGACAAAUGAUUAUAAAACAUUGCAUUUGUAUGUAUAGUUUACUGUUAUAAAAAGUUCUGAAAGGCCAUUGGCCCUCGGAAAUGUUCACAUAAUCAAAUCUGGCCCCACUCCUGAUCUACACUAACGCUCUUGCUGUCUUUAUCUUUUAGCUGUUACCCGACUGCGAAGCGUAAAGCAAUUUGUGUUUCUCUCGGGACCCAAGACUUGAUUUCGGGUCAGUGGGCAUGAUUUUGCAAGUCUGGUUUUCUGCUAAAAGACAGUGAAGUGGAGACGGCCCUUCUUCCUGCACCAAGACAUUUAACCGUCUCACUGACCCUGAAGUUGUUAAAUUAGCUUUAGGGUCAAAACUCCUACAUAGUUCUGCUUUAACUUGUUAACCUCAUCUAAAGCACAUUCAUUUAUUCAGGAAGCCAACUUCAAGUGAAGACUUUAUACUCAUUAGACAAAACUUUUCUUUGGGCUAGCUGCUAGCACUCUUUGUGCUAAGCUAAGUUGCUAGCUGUUACUGCACCUGUUACCACUCUUUGUGCUAAGCUAAGUUGCUAGCUGUUACUGCACCUGUUACCACUCUUUGUGCUAAGCUAAGUUGCUAGCUGUUGCUCAAUAUUUACUGUAUUUCUCAAAAAGAAUGAAAGAAACGAUGGCUUAUCAUUCGACAUUGUCUGGUGCCCAUGUUCUGUUGUCAAGUUUAAUGUACAGUAACUGUGAGAAUUUGUGUACCUCCCAUCAUGGUAAAUGUACAUAGAUUUGUAUGAAAAAAAAGAGUAUACUGUGUUUUAAUAGUAGCGUUGGUGCUUUUGUGAGCUGGCAUGGUUGUAAUGUGUCAGUGAAAUAAUACAUAUAUAUAUAUAUAAAGUAUAUAAAAAGGAUACUGAAUCAACAACCAUUCUGUUUAAAAAACUGAUAAUGUAUUUGGUAUGUUGUUAGUUCAAUGUGUGUACUGGUGUAAUACAAGUAUAUUGACACAAAGCCACUUCUAGUUCUACUGUAUAUUUAUGUAGAUUAUAAUUGAUUAUUAUUAUUAUUUGUUGUACAGUGUACUGUAUGUAAAGAGCUGUUAUCUUGGCAGGACAUUUAUCUUGCCCUGGAAAUGUGACAUUGUUUCU